GGAACCAUUUAAUUAACUUUCCACCACUUGUUGUUCACAUAGGUAAGAACUUACAGAAUGUCAUCCAUCUACAGGAUCUGUGUGGCCUUAAUUCUGUGUGCCUUUUUUAUGGAGAUUCAUUGUCUAACGAAAGCAGAUGCUCCACAAGCAUGUUGCUUCAGUUACACUUCAGCCGUUAUUCCCAGGAAACAAAUAACAGAUUAUUACCGAACUUCAACCAUGUGCAGCAACCCAGCUAUAGUUUUCAAGACUAAGAAAAGAGCAUUCUGUGUAAAUCCUGAUCUCCGCUGGGUCAAGUCCUUCCUCACGUACAUUGAGGCUAUGAAAGCUACACCAAUGUCAGAUUCGGCUAAAUAAAAAUGGAGACGCCAGCAUCUGAUGUAUGGCUGAGAAAAUGUGCUUAAUUUUUGCUUUUGCCUAAUUGAAGUGUUAGGAUGUAGUUCUAGAAUGCAGUGUGCCUCAUUUUUAAGUGAAUUACUAUUGCCAUUUCAAAAUGUAAAUGAAUAUUUACUGGUUAAUUAAUGCUUUACAUUUGUUUUACUGUUAAAUCUGAUACAACUGAAAGCUUUAAAUGACAUUAUUUACUUGUCUAUAAAACAGUAACUGUAGCUGACAACUUAUAAAAUUAAAAUAAAAAAAAAAACACUUGCA